CCCUCGCCUUCUCAACGUUCUCUGCUUCCUUCCGCCGCCCCGCUCUCUGCUUAGGCUUCCGGCGACCCUGCUACUCCCCCCACACACUGAUGAGGGCCUCCCUGAACAAGCAUCUGAUGAAAUGGAUGGUAGCCCGAAUGACUCCGCCUUUGAGAAUUAUUUCUGUGGAGUCGGUUGUCCCUGUUCGACCGGCUCCCGACUCGGCAGCGCCAGUCCCACCUCUGCCUUCCGCCGCCGCAGCCGAGCCGGAGGCCAUCUCUUCGGAUGGGCCACUAGAGGGCCUCCGAACCCGCAAACGUAGUUUGAAGCAGAAGCAGCCCAUGGCUCCUCCGGCCCCUCAAGGGCCGUCCGAACCGAAUCCAAGUGAUGUCGCCUUGUUGUCCAGUAUGUUCGUCGCGGGUGUCUGUUCAGGGGACGAUGUUCCUCGGCAACAAAGGUCCUCGCCGUCGCUGAAUGGCACACUCGGCCAGAUUCUGCCCACUAAGGAGGAAGCCUCGAGGAAGAGAACUCUGCCGGGCAUUUGCGACUCCAUGAGUCUAAACAUGGCUAAGCUUUGGGCCGACCAACGGGAGCUGGCCGUCCGACUGCCCAAUUUGUGUCGCCGAUAUGGUGAGAUGCAACGCCGCGGCAAUGAGUGCGAGGCCGAGAAGCUAGAACAGGCGAGGGCCGAGUCUGCCUCCCUGGGGGUCCGACUCGCAGAACUCCAAGCCAAACUAGAGGAGUCGGAGCGACGGAGGAUGAGGGCGGAGGAAAAGGGGGCGGAGGAAACGGCCCGAAGAGAACUGAUGGCGGCAGAAGUGGAGACGGCGAAGGCGGAGUUGGCGAGCUACCGAGCCGGCGAGGAGGGGCGAUGGGAGAAUCUGAAGAAGGCCUUUAUGAAGUCGGAAGAAUUUUACAACAUAGUCGGCGCCAGGUCCGCCUCCAUGCUUGGCUACGGCUUCGACGGGGCCAUCCGCCAAAUACAGGAGGCCGGGUACUUGCCUGCAGGCGCUCCGCCUGCGUUUCUGAGUCUGCGGAAGGUGGCUGACUCCAUCCCCGACGAUCAGAUUGAUGAUUAGGAAGCCUUGGCCGCGGUGCAAGGAUGUAAGACUAAUGAAAAUUUUUGGGAAAAACAGACCUUUUGCGACCGAGUAGCUUCUACCAUCAAUUUUUUCCCUUUUAGCAUGAUUGUUCUUCGGAUAGAUGGCCGAGGCGAAUGUCACCACUCUUUCGCAUCCUUGAAACUGACUAUCGUUAUC